UAGGAAGCACCAUCACCACUGCCAUCGAGAAGGACCGCAGUGUCUGUGACUCGCUUUUCCGUAAGCGUUGUCAACGGUGCGUGGAUUUCUUCACGCUUCGAUACAACAUUCUACAAGCUCCUCCUACAAUUUUCGUGGAGAAUGCUGGGUCAAGCUCAGCAUGCUCCCUGCUCUCCCUACCUACAUUGCUCCGAAGCGUUUCGCCAAAAUUCGUCUCGCCGGAAUUCAGUAGUAACCGUAUGGGGUCCGUCUAACCACCCGGCGCGCCAGCACAACAGGAAGCUUCCUCGGAAUGCACGUGUUAAUCAUGCAGAUCCUUCGAAGCUUCCUCGCAGGCAUUUCCUUAUACGCGCGUCGCAAUCGGGCGAUGUUGGUAGCAGCAAGAGCGCAGCGCAAACACCGGGCGAGAGUAGAUUGAAGGCCAUUAGAGAUGCUACCGGAGUCAAAAGCGGAGCGACCGCCGGAAAAUCCGGCGGAGGAGACGGCGGGGAUAGCGGUAGCAGCGGUAGUAGCAGCGCAGCGCAAUCGGCGCUGGAACGAGCGCUAGCGUAUAAGGCUCAGCGGCAGCAGCAGCAGCAGCAGCAGGGAGAGUCGGCAACAACCGCUGCGGCAAUAAGCGCCGGCAGUGGUAACACUCCCGAUGGCGGCAUCUCAAGCAGCAGCAAUGGCGGCACCGCUGCGUCUGCUACUAGCGGCGCUGCAACCGCUGCUUCCGAUGUUACCAGUGGUAACCCUGUCACCGCUACUCCUGCUGCCACAAGCACCAGCAGUCCCAGCAGCAGCAGCGGCGGCGUGCGAUCGUACGCGGAUCAGGUAGCGGAAAUGGAGGCAGCAGAAGAAGCCAGUGGCACCAGCAAUCUCAGCAGCAGCAGUCUCAGCAACAGCAGCGGCGGCGUGCGAUCGUACGCGGAUCAGGUAGCUGAAAUGGCGGCAGCGCUGGCAGCACGGGAGGCAGACCCCGUUGCACAGCAGCAGAAGCAGAAGCAGAAGGAGGGGGAGGGGAAAGAGACAGAGGACGAUCCAGAUAUUAUCGAGGUGGAGAUUGUAACGAGGGACGGCAUCAUCAAGCGCCGCACCAAGCGCUCGGAAAUGGAGUGGGGAGGGUCCGGUGCCAAGGGCGGUACCGCCAAGCCAGGAGGCCUCCCCACCAGCGCCGGAAGCGGCGGAAUCGGCGGCGGGUUUAUGGGGAAUCCCGGGAUAGCCGGGGCGCGCGCCCGAAGCGCGCCGUCUGUGUCGCCUCUGUCCGUAUCCGGAGCGGAUUUCCUGGGAUUGGGGUUUCAGGAGGAGCGGGAAAAGCUGCAGGGCCGCGGGAAGGGCCCGCUGCCAGCUGGCCUGCAGGGUGACGUGGACUUCGGAGCGGCCACGUCAGCAGGGGGGCUGCCCCAGGUGGAGAUGAUCGUCGGGUCGCGCGUGAUUACAAAGAGGGGGGAGGUUUCGGGGGAGCAGCAGCAGCAGGGGGAGGGGGAAGGGGGAGCGGAGGGAGGGGGGAAGGGGAGUGGGGAGGGCGAGUAUAAGCCAAAGGUUGCGACCUGGGGAGUGUUCCCGAGACCAAGAGACAUCUCUAGAACGUAUGGCGGGGGUCGCACCAUCCGGCCUGGGGAGGCGCUGGAAACGGAGGAGGAGAAGAAGGAGAGGGAGGAGAAGACGAGGAGGCUGCUGGACGAAUACAACCGCCGCAUGGGCUUUAAGAUGGACCCCGCGGUUAAGGCGGCGUGUGAGGAGGCCAUGAGGGAGGGAGCAGCGCUGAUGGAGGGGGGCAAGCUGAGGGACGCGCUGCAGCAGUUCGACGUGGUGAUCGCCAAAACCACCUUCCAGAACGAGAUGCACGGCCGGGCGGCCAUCCAGAAGGCCGUCUGCCUCGACUCGCUUGCCAGGUCAGACGAGGCCAAGGCGAUGUAUGAGAGGCUCACAGGGCAUCCCAAUGAGGGGGUCAAGAGGAAAGCCCGGCAAAUGCUGUUUGGCUUCCAGGCAGCUGAGAGUCUGCGUUUCACUGGUGGUUCUGAUUACGACUCGUCUUGGUACAAGAAAUACUUUGACGAGUUUGCGAAAGGUUCCAAGUACAAUAAUGUCUUCAAGGCAACUCAGGAGGACGAGGAUGAAAGCAAUAAACGCCUGUUGCAGGAUGCUUUGUUGUUCGGGGCUUUGUUGCUCAUGCCUGUUGUACUUAUCUUGGCAGUGGCUGUGUCAAGGAAUACAGCCUGAAGAUGUUCGUCUAUUAUGGUAUGCUGAGAAUUAUCUGUUGAAGUACUUAAACAUGUUAGGAACAUAUAUGUAUAUAACUCCUGUAGCCGAGGUAGCUUCUGUU